AUGUUUAAUUUAUUGCUAUUAUUUUAAAUUAGCUUUGGCUAAGAAAUUAUUCUAAGUAAAAAAACAUACAAGGAUGCCAAUAUUUCUGAAAUACUUUAAAGCUAAAGUUUAUUUAAAUGCCCUUUAGAAUUAUAAAAUUAAGAGUUUACUCUUAAUAAUUCAAAGGUGAUAUGUGAAUAAUCAGAUUUGCUUUACACUAUGAAAAUUAAUUUGGCAAAAGAGAAUGAAAAUUUUGAGAUGUUUGUAAAUUGAAUCAUAUGAUGUAGAUUGAUUUAGUUGGUCCAUGGAGUUGGUAUAAGUCUUCCGAAUGCGAAUUCUAUGAUUAGCCCUAAAUUAAUUAAACAAUAUAGAAGAAUAGCUGUUUUGAAAAAAAUUAUAUAAAGUCAUAAAAACUUGAGCAAUAAUCUUCUAUAGAAAGUUAAAUAAUAGCCCACAACUUUUCAUUGAAAGGAUUUUUGGUUACAUCUAAUGUAUAGAUAGAUGGAAAAUAAUUUGAAUUACAAAUGUUAUAAGUAAACAACAUAUAUGCGAAAAGAAGUUAUUUAUCUGAUGGGGCAAUUAGUUUGAGUCAUUUUAAUGGUUCUGGAUAGUAAAAUUUUAUUAUUCAAUAUUCUUAAAGCAAUAAAUCCAUUCUAUAAUUUGAUCUAUACACUUAAAAAUAAACUAUAGCAAUUCGAAAUGAAAUUCUUUAAAGACCUAACUAUUAAUUACAUUGGAUAAAUAAUUCUGACAUAAAUAAACCUUAAUGGAAAUUUAUAAUAGAUUAAAUCUCUUUGAUGAAUAAACCACUUUCUGAUAAAGAUCAAUAAUAUCAAGCUAUAUUAACAUUAAACUCUUAAUAUAUUUCACUUCCUCUAGAAUUAAGUAAUUAAUUAAUAGAUCAAUUGACUAAAUAUGAUAAUGGCAUUUCAUGUGUGUAUGCUGAUUCAGAACUAUUUGUAAUUGUAUGUAAAAAUAUGAGUUAAUCUCUAACUAAAAGUUUAAGUAUUAAUUUAAAGAUAUCUGAUUUAUAAAUAAAUCUAAAUAAUUUAUUGGGAAAUUGUAAAAAGGAUGAAUAAUUCAAGAAUAAAUGUUAAUUGAAGAUUAAAUUAUCAUCUUCAAAUACAAUAUUUUUAGGAGAACCCUUUUUUAUUGAUAAAAGAAUUCUUCUCAAUUAUCAGACUGGAUAAAUUGGGGUUUAUAAAGAAAUUAUAGAUUAAAAAUCUUAAAAUAAAGAUGCUUUAGCUUUUGAAAAUUUAGGAAUUUGGGUUAUAAUCUUAACUAUAUUACUCAUAUUAAUAUUUUGUUUGAUGAACAUUAAACAUGCUUUUAAAUGGUUUAUUAGAGCAAUUAGAUACAGAAAGGUAAUAUUAUAUUAAUUAUCAUUUUUAGACAUAAAACUUUGAUGAUGAAUAAUAGUUGAGAAGUAAAGAAAUUGAAUUUAAUGAAAUGGAAAAAGCAGAAUAAAUGACUUAAUCAAUUGAGGAAAAUAGUAUUUGAAU